CAAACCCUCUCCUCUCUCCUCGCCCAAUCCCCUCCCUCUCCUUCCUCCCCCCACGAAUCCCCUUCCUCCUCCUCCGCCAUUGCUGAGUCCCUCAUCGCUGAGCUCUUCGCCAUCGUCUCCGCCAUUAAAGCCUCCUACGCCGAGCUCCAGCUCGCCCAGAACCCCUUCGACCCCGCCUCCAUCCACUCCGCCGACCUCGCCAUCGUCGCCGAGCUCCGCCGGGCCUCCGACCUCAAAUACUCCUACCUCGCCGACCCCGACCCCGACCCCAACCCCAACCCUAACCCUAGCCCUCUCCUCUCCCUCCUCCGCGAGCAACGCAACCUCCUCCGAACCUACGAGGUCACCUCCAAGCAGCUCGAAUCCGACCUCGACUCCCUCGACUCCCGCCUCCGCGCCCUCCGCUCCGACCUCUCCGACCUCGCCCACGCCAACCGCGCCCUCGAGUCGCGCCUCCGCGGGCAACCCCGCUCGCUCGCCGGCCUCCACCUCUCCGGCCUCGACCCGACCCACCUCCUCGCCGCGCUCCGCGGCGCCGUGAGCGCCGUCAAGUCCUUCGUCCGCCUCAUGGCGCGGCGCAUGGAGCGCGCCGCGCCGCCCUGGGACCUCGACGCCGCCGCGCGCUCCGCGCACCCCGCCGCCGCCGCCGCGCUCCGGCACCCCCGCCACCGCUCCUUCGCCUUCGUCUCCUACGUGUGCCACAGGAUGUUCUCCGACUUCCACCACAGGGACUUCAACCUGAAGCCCCUCGCCGAGCGCCGCGCCUGGGAUCGCCGGAGGUUCUUCCGCGAGUUCUCCCACGUCCGAUCCGCGACCGCGCGCCAGGUGCUCGACGGAGGGCUCGUCGGCUCGCCAGGGUUCGACCAGUUUCGCCGGGCCAAGUACGCCAGCGUGGUCGGGCCGAAGAUGGAGGCAGCGCUCUUCUCCUCCUCCGCCGCCGCCGCCGCCGCCGGAGGAUCGCCGGAGACGGAGUGGGCGGUGGGGUUCGCGGAGGUGGCGAUUAGGGUUUGGGCGCUGCAUUGCCUCUUCUACUCGUUCGGGGAGGAGAUGGGGCCCGCGAUAUUCCAGGUGCGGAGGGGGUCGCGGUUCUCGCACGUGUACAUGGAGAACGUGGAGAGGGAUCAUGGGCCCGUUGGAGUUGGAAUUGGUGGGCCCGGUGGUGGGCCCGCCACGGUGGCGUUCACGGUGGUGCCCGGGUUCAGGGUGGGGAAGACGAUCAUACAGUGCCGGGUGUAUCUGGAGAGCUGCGAGGGGGAACGGACGGUCGUGAUUUCGUGAUGGCGGCGGGAAACCGUUGGUUCGUCGUGGGAACUGUGUCGACAGUUGGGUGACGUGGCUGGUUUCCACUGGUUGGAGGAUUUGUAAAGUAAAUUCCUUCGUGGCCAAAAUGUACAGGAACCACCUCCUCAGGUAUACGCGAUUUUCAAAUAUUAUACUUGUAAAGUAUUUAUUUUUAUUGUGUAUUCAAUUAUUUAAUUUAUGUUGUGAAAGGAAUUAAGGAUUAUGUUGAACUUAUUGUUGUUGAUAAGAUUCUAAAAA